AUGAGCAUCCGAAGGUCACGGCCGGUUGACAUGGAACUGACCACGCGAUACAUUCAAAACUCCUUGAAGCUCGAAUCUGCUCAGAUGUUGAGAAUCAAGGAGUGCGCCGCAAAGCAUAAGAUCGUUGUAAUACUGGGCUUCUCCGAGAACGUCAACGACUCGUUGUAUAUCUCACAAGCCAUCAUUGACGCAGACGGCGAAAUUCGUGUCACCCGCAAGAAAGUCAAGGCAACUCACAUGGAGCGAACUAUCUUCGGGGACUCAUUCGGCGAUUGUCUCGAUAGCGUCGCCGAUACAGCUUACCACACCUACUCGCAGCGGGAACAGAUUCAUGUCGCUGCUUGGCCCCCACUAUUUGGUGACGAAGACGGCAAGGGUCUCUAUUCACUGUCGCGUAGCGGUCGGACUCACUCCAGCAUGACACUUGGAAGCAGCAAAAAGCUAAUUAAACUACUAGGCACCGCGGCAGUUGCGCAAACGUACGCCAUUGAGUCGCAGUCAUUUGUGCUUCACACCACUGCCCUUAUAAGUCAGCCUGGUAUCGACUUGAUGAAGUCUCAGGGCGGUUUAAUGGGUAUCCCCGGAGGUGGAUGCUCUGCAAUUUUCGGGCCUGAUGGGCGCAAACUGACGGUUGAUAUACCUGACACGGAAGAGAGGAUGUUGUAUCAUCAUUUGGAUCUGAGUGAAGUUCUUAAAUCUCGGGCAUUUGUGGACGUGUGCGGUCACUAUAGUCGGCCAGAUAUGUUGUGGCUUGGGGUGGAUAAUGAGGUCAAACGUCAUGUCAUCAAUAGAUAG